GAGACUUUGAUCUAUAAAAAGACGGUGUAACGAUUACGAAGGUCAUUAGAGUUCUGACACUCGAACAAGAAACAUGGCAAGCUACAGAUGCAAGUACAGUCUCGGUAAUGAACGUUACGUGCAAGUGAAUGAAUGGAAAGGUGAGCUGAGAGUAGACUUAAGGGAAUGGCAGGGAGAUAAACCAACGAAGAAGGGCAUCAGCUUAACGUUGAUGAGAUGGAAAAAUGUUGUGGACGCAAUGGAAUUUGUGGAUCAAUCGCUAGGAAAUAAACAAGUGUACAAUGCUCAUCUUGGAGGAAACGUGUACAUGUCGAUUAAAGCUGGGUGUGUUUGCGUCGAUAUUCGACAAAACUGGAAGCCUAAGGACGAUGUCGUGCCAACUAAGAAAUGUUUGUGCCUUAGACCAGCAGAGUACGUCAAAUUGAAAGAAUUAAUACCUGACAUUGGGAAAAAUCUACCGGAACUGGACUCUGUAGUGCCCUGUUACUUACAAAGCGAUCAUAUGAAUCAGAUGGGAGCGUUACAGUGCUCAGAAUGCAACCCGAACGAUUUCAUGAAUUGGUAAAGUCACGUGAUCAUGUUCUAAAAAUAGUAACCAAUGACAAACCGUUUCU